CCCCUCCGAUCUCCAAGAACUCUUCAAUAUUUUCACGGUUAUUGAACAGUCUUGUGGUGUAGUUUUACUAAGAAGUGCGAUUUCACUGGAAUACUGACUGGAGUUCUUAACUUUUUAGUAUUUCAUUCAAAAAUAUAUAAACGAUGAAGCUAUCGUUUAUAUUCGAAUUGUUGCUGAUAUUUAUAUUGGUAGCAUUUGCUGCAUCUGCAGCAGUAGAUAAUAAAUCCAUAAAAGCAAAAAAGAAAGUGGUCCAUUAUGGAACAAAAAUAACCCGAACUAGACAAAACCAAAAUGUAUCUCAAACUGUUGUAGCCCAGGCUCAACAGCCGGUACAACAAAAUCCACCAAACAGAUUUUGUACAUGUGCCAAACAAAUGUGUAACUGUUGCAGAGAUUUUAAUCUCAAAUUGCUCAAUCUUAAAGGUCCAGGAUGUGCAGUACUUCAGUACUUACAAGGCGAUCAACUCGCAAUUUCUAUGAGCUUUAAUGAUCGAGUUUUAACCAAUACGACCAUCAAAGGAAGAAAACCUCCUCCUAUUUGCAUGCCUUUGCCAGGCGGCAUUUCAAAAUUCUGUGGUCGGGUUUACAACAUCGGUCGUCAAGGAGAGGAAUUCAAUGCUUGCUUAGGCCUGGAACUUCGAGCCCUUAAUGACGUCGAAGCAGCAAUCCGAGUUUCUUGCUUUCGAUUUGGACCAAACGGUUUAAGGUUGGAACCACCUCAACCACUACCUCCAGUUGACAAUGACAAUGAUGACGAUGAUGACGACGACGACGAUGACGAUGAUGACGACGAUGACGACGACGAUGAUGACUUUGGAUUUGACGGAGAUGACGAUGAUGACAGUGAUGGUGAUUCCGUAGAUUACAGUGUUUUUGAUGAUGAUUUUAUUGGCGAAUACUUCCAAGGGGAAGAUGAUUCAUCAAGUUCCAGUAAUAAAAAUAAAGUUUCCACCACCACCACGCCAAAGCCCUUAAGAAGGAAUACAAGAAAACCUAUACAUAAACCAGUUGAAAAGAAACCGAUACGCAGAAAAUCAAAACCUCAGCUACAACAAACCGUCACAACACCCAAAACUGUAAUUACGAAAAAACCUGUGGGACCUGUUAAAAAAGCUACAAAAAUCCCACAUCAUAGAAGAACAACCAAACCUGUUACCGAAUCUUCUAAACCGACUACGAACGCACCGAUGCCACAAAACCAACCCUCCACAGAAAUUACUUCUGAUACAAAUGUAAAUGUUUCUGUAAAUCCAAUCAUAUCUACCAGUCUACCACCAGAUACACCUAUUCCAACGACAGAAGAACAAAAAACUGAAGCUACUAGUCCAAAAAUCAGAACUGGCAUUACUGAUAGUAUUAAAACGUCCCAGACAAUUGUUCCAGUUACUAAAGUUCAGGAAUUGUCUUCGGAAGAAAGUGAAGAUCCUAUUGCUGAUAUGGUCGAAGAUGCUAUAGAAGAUGAAAUAUCUGACUCAACAGAAAACACAACCACUCAAACAAAGAAAGUUACGGUUAUGACUUCACCACAACCUAAAGAAUCAACGGAAGUGUUUGAUGAAGUGGUGGAUGGUGUUGUUGAUACCUUUGCAGGCGAAGAAUCGGAAGAAGCAAGACUUUCUUAAGGCGCCAAUAACAGAAAACGAUACAUAUCAAUUUAUUAUUUAAUUAUUGUUGGACUAAGCCAGGUGUUGUCCAUUAAAUGUGAGCUGAUUCCAGCUCCUUUAGUAAUUGGAUACAUAAUUCUAUUUACCUCUUCCUUAUUUACACUUUUUUGUUUAUGUUGUAUUUGUUUCAUUAAGCUUUGAAGUAUUUAUUAUAGGUAUUCUUAAUAUUCUUAAAUAUACCGGGUGUCCACUUAUAUUUUCCCCCAUUUUAACUGCCUAUAACUUCUAAACGGGGCAAGAUAGAAAUAUGGAGUUCUCGCUGAAAUGUUUUAUUUUAGUAAAAGUUUUGUCUGAAUUGAUUGAAUUUUUUAUAUCGCUUUCAAAUACGAAAAAAAAAUGGCGGAUUUUUGAAAAAAAAACGUUGUUGACUUUUUUUAAAUAGAACACCCAGUAUAUUUUUUUUGUAAAUUGAAAGAAAGGUCAUUCGCCUAUCCAGCGAUAUAAAGUUUUUCAAAAUCGGUUGUCAAAUCACUGAGUAAUUAAUUUUUAAAAUGAGAGGUGUAGCGUGGAUAUCACAUACCUAAAUAAUAUUAUAAGCAAAUUGAUAUUAUGUUAUGUGAUUUCCACAUUGCAUCUCUCAUUUUAAAAAUUAAUUGCUCAGCCAUUUGAUAACCGAUUUUAAAAAAUUUUAUAUUGCUGGAUAGGUAAAUGACCGUUUUUUCAAGUUACAAAAAAAUAUACUGGGUGUUUUAAUAAAAAAAGUCAACAACGUUUUUUUUUUAAAUUCCGCCAUUUUGUAUUUAAAAGCGAUAUAAAAAAUGAUCAUUUACCUAAAAACUUGAAAAAAAUGUUCAUUUACCUAUUCAGCGAUAUAAAAUUUUUUAAAAUCGGUUGUCAAAUGACUGAGCAAUUCAUUUUUAAAAUGAGAGAUGCAAUGUGGAAAUCACAUAAUUAAUAUUAUGUUAUGUGAUAUAUCCAUGUUGCACCUCUCAAUUUAAAAAUUAAUUACUCAGUGAUUUGACAACCGAUUUUGAAAAACUUUAUUUCGCUGGAUAGGUGAAUGACCUUUCUAUCAAUUUACAAAAAAAUAUACUGGGUGUUCCAUUAAAAAAAAGUCAACAACGUUUUUUUCAAUCCUCCAUUUUGUUUUACGUAUUUGAAAGCGAUAUAAAAAUUCAAUCAAUUCAGACAAAACUUUUACUAAAAUAAAACAUUUCAGCGAAAACCGCAUAUUUCUAUCUUGAGCCGUUUAGAAGUUAUAGGCAGUUAAAAUGGGGGAAAAUAUAAGUGGACACCCGGUAUAUUAUAAAAUAUGAUGUACAAAGUCAAAAUAAGAAGACUGUCAAAUUAUAUUCUUUUUUAUUCUAAUGCCUAAUAUAUUUAUAUUAGAUCAUCUCUUUUAGUUUUAAAUAAUUUAUUUCACAUAUUUAUUUAUUUAUUUAUUUGUAUUUAUUUUUAUUUAUGUUAAUUUAUUUUUUUAAUAAAUAUUUUUAUAUAAUAUAAACAAA